GGGAAAGGCAACCGAAUUAAGCCCAGUUAGCAGCUCGCGAGCGCUGCGCUCAGCAGCUCCCAAUGGCGCCACAGGAGGCUCGCCGCAACUUUGUGCAGACUAUUGCUUCAGUCGCUGAGAAGCACGGCCUGGAGUUCUCCUCCCACUCCCAUGACUGGAUCCUGCAGGUGCGUGACAAGGUUUCGGGGAAGCAAUGCUCCAUCUUCGGCUACACUUUUGAUGCCAACCCGGCCGCAGCAGUUGAGAUUUGCAAGGAGAAGGCAGCCACCUCCCUGGUGCUGGACAGCCACGGGGUUGCGCACCAUGUGUUCCUGAGCCCUGCGAAUCCAUUCACGGCCAACUACGUGCCCAAGGGCGGCAUGUGGGCCCCGGUGCAGGAAGUCGUCAACAAGCACGGCUUCCCCAUAGUGGUGAAGCCUCUCAAAGGCACAGGCGGCUUGGACGUUACCAAGGCCACCUGCUGGCGAGAAGCGGAAGCCGCUGUGCAGCACAUCUUCUCGAGGGAGUAUGGAUUGGCGGUGUGCCCGUACAAACCCGUGGUGGACGAGUAUCGCUGCAUUUGCCUUGAACAUGAGGUGCAGCUCACGUACCGCAAGGUGAGAAGUUCGGUCACAGGAGACGGCGAGCGCUCCGUGGGCGCACUGCUGGGGCAGCGCCUGAGCUCUGCUUCUCCUCAGGAAGCCGCAGGCCUCGUGGCCGCAGCCGCCGAGCUGCGCCCGGAGGAUUUGGCCAAAGUGCCAGGUAAGGGCGAGGCCUCUGCACUGCAGUGGAAGCACAACUUGGGUCAGGGCGCGUCAGUGGACCUGAAGGUGCCGAAGGACAUGGCAGCGCGCCUCGCAGAGGUGGCAAGCUCGGCAUCGCGGGCCAUCGGCAUGUGCUUCUGCAGCGUGGACAUCAUCGAAGUGGAGAAGGAGGGCCUGAUGGUUAUGGAGGUGAACGGGGGUGUGAUGAUGGACUCUUUGAUGGAGCAACUCGGGGACUCCGGCAAGGCCCUAGCUUUCCGGCUUUACGAGGCUGGGGUGCUGAAAGCGCUUGGCCGGUGAUCCGGAUCCGCCUUCGGCCUUGGGCAGAAACAAUGGCCGCUGGGCGUGGAGCGCGCCAUCUCCGCCCGAGCCGUCUCUACUGAUGCCAUCCCCAGCCACCGCUGGCAGACAUGAAACAAGAUGAGGCCAUGAGGCAUGAGGGAUAGAAGAUGUUGUGUCGGCGCUUUGGACCUGCAUAGUUA